GCUAGGCUUAUCGCAUGUUUGCUUCACGCAAGCAGCUAAAUGGGGGAGGGGUUUGCUCUAUCGCGUGGCUUUAAAGACUUUCAUCUAGCGUUUUAAAUCCCCCAUUAAAAAACCCAAAUACCAGAAACCAACACCAACAACCAAACCCUAGACCACCCUGCCCUCUUCUCCUCCUCCUCCUCCUCCUCCUCCAAGCACCCCAGCAUACAAACCCUAUUACGUGAUAUCAUAUUCUUUUUUGUCUUUUCUAUUUUCCAACAACAGAAAGGAAAAAAAGAAAAGAAAAGAAAAGAAAAGAAAUGAGUGCAACGGCAAAUCCUAGCAGUAGCGGAGGCAGCGGCGGUGGUGGUGGGAGCAGUAGCAGUUGUGGGAGCGGACCAUGCGGGGCGUGCAAAUUUUUGAGGAGGAAAUGUGUGCCGGGUUGUAUAUUUGCGCCUUACUUCGAUUCAGAGCAAGGUGCAGCGCAUUUUGCAGCGGUUCAUAAGGUUUUUGGUGCAAGUAAUGUGUCAAAACUUCUUUUACAUAUUCCAGUCCAUAAGCGGCUGGAUGCUGUGGUAACUAUUUGCUAUGAGGCUCAGGCUCGUCUAAGAGAUCCAGUCUAUGGUUGCGUCGCUCACUUCUUUGCUCUACAGCAACAGGUGGUGAAUCUACAAGCAGAACUCUCAUACUUGCAAGCCCAUCUAGCAACAUUAGAGCUUCCAUCUCCACCACCUCCUCCUCCACCACCACCAACUAUGGUGACUCCGCCUCCUCUCUCAAUAGCUGACCUCCCAUCAGCCUCUUCAGUGCCUGCCACCUACGACUUGUCGUCACUUUUUGAUCCGUUGAUACAGCCCUCAUGGGCCAUGCAGCAGCGGCAAAUGGAUCCACGUCAAUUUGGUGGCAGCCCCGGCUCAACAUCAGUAACGGGUGGUGGUGGAGAUCUUCAAUCUUUGGCUCGUGAGCUCCUCCAUAGACAUGGAUCGCCACCGCAAGGUUCCAUGCCAUGUACCGGCUCCUUAUCAUCACCAUCAAGCUCCAAGUGAGACUGACCUGAUUAACGAGUUCUCGCGACAAUUUUGUACUGAUCGGAUACUAGCCGAAGAGCUUAAUUUUCAUGCAUUUUCACUUGGCAAGUAGUUCGAUGAUUGGUCACUAUUUUUUUUUCUCUGAUCCUGCCAUUCUGGAUUAUCAUUUUCUCGAAGUUCAAGUGAAAUUCAAUACUGGUUUAUAGAAACUUAUUUUGGGCUAUCUUAUUCAGGUAUAAAUUAUUCAUUAUAUA